GUAGAAUGGGCAGUUUCUCCAUCAAAGCAGGAAUAUAUAUAUUUCGCAUCUAUAUGGAGACUCCCGAUGAGCAAGUUUCCUCCCCACGCCCCGAACCGGAAACUUAAUUUCCACGUGGGCAUGGCUCGAGAUUCAACUCUUUGUGGUGAUCGAACAUCACGCUUACAAUUGCAAGCGCUGUGACUGCCUACCGAGCGAAGCAGGGAAGGUCGAUCGCGCUGACAGCUCGUGAUGAGAAUCCACGGAUCACAAUUGACGACAUCUUCACUGCUGCUGUUGGCUUUUGCCAACGUAGCGUGCGGAUAUGGCAUAGAUGAGAAUCGUCGAGUCAACCACGGUCUCAUCGGCUUCGGAAUCCCCUUUCUUGAGCCAUCUUGCGCAUUCGCAUGUCGAUACAACCUGUACGGUAAUCGUCUAGCUUGCUCGACCGCCACUGCAAACGACGCAGAAUGGGAGACCUCGACGGACUGUAGGGCUGGGAAUGAGCCGUAUCUUUUAUCACUGGCAGCGUGUUUGCAGGAGUACUGCAAUGGAACCGAAAUCUGGACUCUCGAGCGCUUUUGGGCCGAAGAUGCAGCAAGUGAUACGCGGAAGCAACGAGAGCCUGAAUUGAGCUAUGGAUCGAGUCUCAAUCGACUUGGCGUUGUACUCAAUAGUUCGUGGAGCAAGGCAGAGGUUCAUGGUUCGCUUCUGAGUCCACAAAGGGUGGCUUUUGCGGAUUGGCAUGUGGCUAUCACCUCCCUGCAAGACGAUGCAUAUGUCGAAAGACAUCACGCAAGAGCCGGUAUUAUUUUGAUCUUGACCGUUGUCCUGUUGCCUUUUAUACUCGCCUUUUGGCGUGUCUUGCCACUGCCACGAGCCUUGCGACGAAAACUCGUCGCUCAUUUCGGUCAUUCGGCAUUGUUUGGCCGAAGACACGCAGUUCCCUUUCCACGCGAUCUCGGCAUCAUUCCUACUCGUGGACAAGCGAUUUUCAUCUCUACUCUGAUCGUUCUCAACCUCGUCCUCUUAUUCACAGGGUAUCAUGCAUCAGAACCCAACACCCACAAUGUCUCUGCAGGACGCCGCAUGCGUGGCUACGUUGCCAACCGUGCGGGCAAUCUCGCAUUUGCAAACUUCUCGAUAAUGGUGCUCUGCUCGAGUCGGAAUAAUCUCUUUGUCCGGCUUACCAAAUUCUCCUACAGCACAAUGCUCCUAUUCCACAGGUGGAGUGCGUACCUUUGUACAGCGCAUGCGUCGGUACAUACCGUCAUUUACAUCAUCAACCACAUCAAUCUGCUUCCGAAGAAAUUUGGGCAGGCGUAUUGGAACUGGGGAGUCGGAGCCGCUACAUUGAUGCUGUUGAUCCUACCGUUGUCAACACUGCCUGUUCGAAAGAGAGCCUAUGAACUCUUCCUUGCCAGCCACAACAUGAUGGCGGCCGGGGUCUUUAUCGCUUGUUACUACCACAUCUACAUGAACUACCAACACGAAUACGGCUAUGAGAAUUGGAUCUAUCUCCCGGCCGUGCUCUGGAUUCUAGAUCGCGGACUUCGGCUGAUGAGACUCGCCCGCAAUGGCAUCCGCACAGCCACAGUCACACGGCUCGAUGAUGACUACUUGCGAGUGGAUAUUCCGAGGGUAGAUGUGCAAGGUCACGUCUUUUUGUAUUUCCCGACACUCAGGAUCUGGCAGACUCAUCCGUUCUCUGUCGCGGCUUCCCUGGUUGAUGUCUCAACAGAAUACAAAAUGGAUACCCUGAGACGCUCAUCACUCGACGAGGAGCUCGCUGCUGCUGCUUCAGAAUGGCACACACUCGCGGUCGAUGACUCGGACGACGAUGAAGAAGAGGAUGCCUCAGAUGAAGGAGCCACGACUAAGAAUGAAAAAGGCAGUCGCAUGCCCCUCGUCUCGCGCCAGGCGAGUCGAAACCUCGACAAUCGCGCGGCCGACAACGAAAUACCAGACCCCGACGAAGCCAACGACGAUUCUUCCCUCCUCCCGCCUCCCCACCACGCCAACCCCUCCUCCCAUCCUCCCUCCCCAGCACAAACCAAAAUAACCAUCUCGGGCGCAACCUUCUACGUCCGCCGCCACAGCGGCAUCACCGCUCUCCUCUUCCGCCAAAAUCUCCGAUCCCUCCCCGUCCUCCUCGAGGGGCCCUACAGCCCCCACAGACAUAUCCCCUCGACGACCCAUCUCCUCUGCAUCGCCGGCGGAGUAGGAAUCACCGGCGCACUACCCGCCUUCACAUCUCACGCCGGAGGUCUAAUCGCUAGCGGGACGCGCACAGCUUCCAGUAGUUCUUUGUAUUGGAGCUGUCGAAGUCCCGCGCUGGUGCAAGAUGUCGAGGGGAAAUUCCUGGGGCCGUUACAGAGUGCUGCUUCUGCUGCUGUUGGGGCAGAUGGCUCGCGGCCUGUGGAAGUCCGGGUCAAGGCGGAGGGAAGGUGGGAUGUUGAUCGGAUUGUGCACGAUCGCGCUAGAAGUCUCUUGGAACGAGAUGGAGGAGAUGUUGUUGUGCUGGUUUGUGGGCCGCCGGGCAUGGCGGAUGCGGUUAGGAGGGCGGUUGUGAGGGUCAAUCUUGGGGUUGGAAAAACGAAAUUGAAUGAUAAGGGUGGGAGUGCAGUGGGUCGGGUCAGGUUGAUAGAGGAAGGCUUUUGGUGGUGAUUUGGAGUCUUUGUAUUCUAGAAUAUUGUGCAAUGCGAACGAUUCCACC